CACACAAUUUAAUUAAUUCACAAUUAAAGGUGAAUCAAGUUAUGAGUUUACCCAGUGGUGUUGAUAUGCAAAACCUCAUGUCUCAACAUCCUGUAUUAGGUGCUUUGCCACCGGCAUUCUUUUUACGUGCCGCUUCGGAACGUUACCAGCGUACUCCCAAAUGUGCCCGCUGUCGAAAUCAUGGAGUGGUCAGCGCUUUAAAGGGUCACAAGCGUUACUGCAGAUGGCGCGAUUGUCUGUGUGCCAAAUGCACUUUAAUUGCCGAACGCCAGCGUGUUAUGGCAGCACAGGUUGCCCUACGCAGACAACAAGCACAGGAGGAAAAUGAAGCCCGAGAAUUGGGACUGCUGUAUACGAGCGUACCACCGCGUGUGCCAUCACAAAAUGCCAAUGACAAUACAAACACGGCCACAUCAUCACAACUAUCGCCACAACAGACAUCAGCCAAUGGAGUAUUUCAUGCGGGCAUACCUUCGCCACCCAGUGAUGGACUCGAUUCCACCAACAAUUCAACACAUCAUCACAACCGCAUGCCAUUUAGCAAUGGCAAUUCGGGAGAUUCUGAUUCGGAAAUGCGCAUGAGAGCGGAAAGAUUAUCAAUGGGUUUCUCACCCGAUCGCACGGAAGUUGAAAGUCCUGGUUCAAAACGUGCACGUUUAUCCAACGAAACCGAUCAAGACACCGGCUCAGAAUCUGCCCCCAGCAGUCCUCAUCCAAAAGGUUCCAAUUAUAACAACAACGGCAAUCUCUCACCGGCACGCACUGGUCCACCCAGUUCUCCGGAAUCUGAUUUGGAUGUAGAUUCGGCUCCCGACGAGGCUACGCCCGAAAAUCUUAGUCUGAAAAAAGAAGAUUCCACCUCGCCACCACAUACACCCUCUAACGAUAGCAUGCACAUGCUGAGAUCAUUUAGUAAUGGCAAUGCUCAGGGUUUUAUGCCCUAUCAUCAUACACAGUUCUUAGCAGCGGCAGCAGCCAGUGCUCACUCACAUGCCCAACAACAUGCUCAACACUCGCCCCAUCAUCCACAUCCCCAACAGCAGCAAAUGCCACCACAACAUCACUCGGCCACCCAACAGCGUUCUCCUGUCGAUGUCCUAAUGCGUGUCUUUCCCAAUCGCCGGAGAAGUGAUGUGGAACAAUUGUUACAGCGUUAUCGGGGCGAUGUUUUGCAAACCAUGGAAGCCAUGAUUUCGGGAGAGGAUAUUUUAACAAGUUCCACAAAUUCACCACCAAACGUACCACCGUCUCCACCAUUUCCCUUGAAAUCAGCAUUCUCACCUUUAGUUCCACCAGCUGCUGUAUUCGGUUCACCCACCCACCACCGGUAUCCACCCUUUAUGCAGGCCCAUGCUAAACGUUUCCUGACAGCUCCCUACGCCGGCACCGGCUACUUGCCGGGCGUUAUAAAUCCUGCAGAUGUUGAACAAUCCGAAUCGAAUGGUGGUGCGUCAGUGGAUCGUAAUAGCAAUGCUGGAGAUUCACAAGAUUGAGAUUUCGGUUUAGCCGGUGGUGAGCACAACGGCAUGUUUAGACCAUUUGAGUAGCGCUGGCGCAAUUUGGAUUCGGACUAAGUACUCAAUCCACAAAACCACAAACCACAAUCAUCCGAUCAAC